AUGGGCGACACAAAGGAUGUGUCCAUGGUGGACAUUCAAAGCUCUGCUAACACUAUCCCAUCGGCGCCGCCGAGGCGGAAGCUGACGCUCAUUUUAACCGACGACAUCGACAUGGACCAAAUGAACCUUGACCGCGAACCCCAACAAUCAGCUCAGCCACAAGCACCAUCUACUCCGGCUCCCACCACUAAUGUGGGUGUUACCGGUACCAAUCAGAGCAACAAUGACGGUGACCAGGCAUCGAAACUAGAGCCUCCCGUGACCAUCCCGGUGGACAUCACUUGGGUCCAGGGCGGGGAAAAAGUUUACGUCACCGGGCUGUUCACCGAUUGGCGAAAGAUGAUUGGGCUCGUUAGACAGCCUGAUGGCAAGUUUAUGGUCACGUUGGGCCUUCCUGUGGGCACUCAUCGGUUCAGAUUUGUCGUGGACAAUGAAUUACGUUACCUGGAUUACUUGCCCACCGCUACCGAUCAAAUGGGUAACUUUGUCAACUAUAUCGAGGUGACUCAGGAUCACGUAUAUUCACAUUUAGCUCAGGAGCAGCCGGCGGAGGAGCCUUCGCAGCCUGACCCAACUGAGAGACGACCACUGGUUUCGACGAUCAGCCGCGGUAUGCUGCUGACGUGGGGGCUUACAAAUGAUGACGACGAUAUGGGCAAUGGGUUUUCUCGCUACCACGAUGGUGACACUUGUCUGGAAGUGGCCGGCGCGAACCGCAAACGAUCGUAUAUUCGAGACAUCCCGCCGAUUUUCUAUGACCCCAAAGUCAUGGAGCAGUACUAUGUCGCGAUCGACAAACAGCUGAAGCUGCAAAAUGGGCUGCAGCAAGCCUGGCUUCACCCGCCGCAAUUGCCGCCUCACCUUGAACACGUUAUCCUUAACCAAUUCAAUCAGAACGACCAUGAUAAUAAUCUGGGAGCGUUACCUAUUCCCAAUCAUGUGGUGCUUAACCACUUGGCUACGACGCUGAUUAAGCAUAACACUUUGGCAGUAGCGCUGGUGGUACGCUACGAACAAAAGUAUGUCACCCAAGUGUUAUAUGCGCCCUUACAGACUUAA